GAGGGGGAAAUGUUUCAUAACUAUUUGUUGAUUAAGCUUUCUAAAGAUAAACAAAAUAAUUAAAAAAGUAUUUUAAAAACUAAUUAAUCUCCACUUAUGAGAGACAUAUUCUGAGCUGAUAGACAAUAUGUCAUUUGGUAUAUCCAUAUUUUACAACAGCUAGUCACUAUAAUUAUUUACAACACAGACACGCAAUUAAGUCCGUUUGUAAUUUACCAUCAAACAGAGACACCUUGACCAGCUGAAUAUCCCUAAUUCUGUACUGGCAUGAAUUCACUGAAAGUUGGAUUUUAAAACUGUCAAAAUGUUGAAAAAAGAAGUCCCCUGGAUCGCGGACGGAUAUCACUGCCAAAUAUUGCAGACGAAAAAAGCAACAGUUUAUCCCAGUUCUGGAGAUUGUUAUAACCUACGUGACAGAGAUCUGCCAGACUCGUACACACAGUACAAACGUCGUUCGGACAGUAACUUUUCAAGACAGCGCGUGCGGAGCGCAAGAGACAGACUCUCCCAGAACGAGGCUGAGCAGGAUGGCAAGAUAAUCGCGUCGAGACCGAGCAGCGCGCGACUGACAUCAGGCGCACGCGCGAUCCCAUCACGUCGAAUUAGACGGACCGGGUCUCAGACACGACCCCGCAGCCCGUCAGAAGACGGCGAUCUGAGGUAUGGAGCUAGUUCUCACCACCACCCAACUGAACUGAAUCACUGUGUGAACAGACACGCCAAGGUUCUUCAUUUCGCACGUAUUAAUGACGAAUUACAUGCUGGGUACCCCACUCCCGCGUGUGUUCACCCGUCCUGUCGCCCCAAUAACCUGUGUAAAGUUCCGUCUGCCAUACUGAAACUGAAGCACCGAGGUUUUCCUUCUGUGCGAGAUCUGAGGCAGAGGAUAAUGCGUUCAAUACGAAACCAGCCAUACAGGAGUUCUGUGUCUUUCGUUCACAGACAGCGCAUUGUGAAGUCACGUUCUGCAGAACGACAGAGUCACUGGCGAGAGUCAGCUGAACCAAGUCACACAAGUGAGCAUUUAGCAUACAGCCACCAGCUUACGCGGACAUCUCUUACAGAAAGCCACAACGUCGAGUGUUCACGAAUGCCCAGGCAAAAGAGAACAUCUUUUGUUCAAAGAAACAUGACCGAUAGAUUAUCCUGUAUUCCAAAAUACCUGCUCGAAACUCCGUAUUCUGUAUGCAAGCACUUGUUUGAACAUGCAUCGCAUGUGCAACGUCAACGUGACGAAAGUCCGGAUUCUGUACGAAAACAAAUAUAUGAAAGUGCACGUUUUAUAAGACAGCAAUUGGAUAUAAGUCCAUUUUCUGAACGAUGCCACCUCAAUGCCAAGUCGUUUGUAUUACUUCACCAGCAUGAUACUUCAUCUGUAUCCGACCAACCACAUGAAAAUUCAUAUAUAUUGGAACGACAGGAUGAUAGUUUAUCUGUAUCCGACCAACCACAUGAUAGUUUAUCUGUAUCGAAACAUCCGCUUCAUAGUGUAUCUAUAUCGGACCACCCGCAUGAUAAUUCAUCUGUAUCUGACCAACCAUAUGAUAGUUUAUCUGUAUCAGACCAUCUGCCUUAUAAUUUGUCUGUAUUCAACCAACAGCAUGAUAAUUUAUCUGUAUCCGACCAACAGCAUGAUAAUUUAUCUGUAUCUGACCAAACACAUGCUAACUCAACCGUAUCAGACCAUCUGCAUGAUCGUUUAUCUAUAACGGACCAUGCACAUGAUCGCCCAUCUUCUAUGAAGACCCAUGUGCAUGACAUUCCACCUGAACGAUGCCACCUCAAUGUCAAGUCGUCUGUAUUACUUCACCUGCAUGGUACUUCAUAUGUAUCCGACCAAGCACAUGACAAUUCAUAUGUAUCGGACCAACAGGAUGAUAGUUUAUCUGUAUCCGACCAACCACAUGGUAGUUUAUCUGUAUCAGAACAUCCACUUGAUAGUGUAUCUAUAUCGGACCACUCGCAUGAUAAUUCAUCUGUAUCUGACCAACCACAUGGUAGUUUAUCUGUAUCAGACCAUCUGCAUUAUAAUAUAUCUGUAUCAGACCAACCACAUGAUAAUUCAACCGUAUCAGACCAUCUGCAUGAUAGUUUAUCUAUAUCGGACCCCGCACAUGAUCGUCCAUCUUCUAUGGACACCCAUGUGCAUGACAAGUCACCUGUUAUAGGUUGUGACUCACACGAGAGUAUGCUUUCUGUACAAAGCAACGUUGUCUAUAGUCGAUCGUAUGUAAGGAAGCAGCUGCCGGGCGGUUCUCCAGUGUCAACGCGCAUGCCUAAGACACACUUGUCUAAACACGAGGACGUGUACGAGAUUUCUUCUUCGAGACCAAGCGACAUAAAGGAGACUUCGUGUUCUGUCCGAGAAGAAGUGGCCGAGCGGUCAGCGUCUACCUCAGACCACCUGUAUGACGGCUUAUCUUUGGAAAGAGACUCGACGUACGAGAGAUCAGCGUCCACAACAAACCAUCAACACAAAAGUUCAUCUCCUCUACUAAUACAGAUAGGUAGUAGUUCGACGUGCACUGAAAUCGAUUUGCUCAAGACUUUACAUUCUGUAAGGAACAACAUGGAAGACAGUUCAGUUUCUGUACCAAACCGACUACAGGAGAGUUCAGUUUCUGUACUAAACCAACUGCAGGGGAGUUCAGUUUCUGUACCAAACCAGCUUGACAAGAGUUCAGUUUCUGUACCGGACCAGCUUAACAAGAGUUCAGUUUCUGUACCAAACCAACUACAGGAGAGUUCAGUUUCUGUACCAAACCAUGUACAGGAGAGUUCAGUUUCUGUACAAAACCAGCAGCACAAGAAUUCAGUUUCUGUACCAAACCAACUACAGGAUAGUUCAGUUUCUGUACCAAACCAACUACAGGAUAGUUCAGUUUCUGUACCAAACCAACUACAGGGGAGUUCAGUUUCUGUACCAAACCAACUGCAGGAGAGUUCAGUUUCUGUAUCUAACCAACUACAGGGGAGUUCAGUUUCUGUACCAAACCAACUGCAGGAUAGUUCAGUUUCUGUACCAAACCAACUACAGGGGAGUUCAGUUUCUGUACCAAACCAACUGCAGGAUAGUUCAGUUUUUGUACCAAACCAACUACAGGGGAGUUCAGUUUCUGUACCAAACCAACUGCAGGGGAGUUCAGUUUCUGUACCAAACCAACUACAGGGAAGUUCAGUUUCUGUACCAAACCAACUACAGGGGAGUUCAGUUUCUGUACCAAACCAACUACAGGAUAGUUCAGUUUCUGUACCAAACCAACUACAGGAUAGUUCAGUUUGUGUACCAAACCAAGUACAGGGGAGUUCAGUUUGUGUACUAAACCAACUACAGGAUAGUUCAGUUUGUGUACCAAAUCAACUACAGGAUAGUUCAGUUUCUGUACCAAACCAACUACAGGAUAGUUCAGUUUGUGUACCAAACCAACUACAGGAUAGUUCAGUUUCUGUACCAAAUGUGCUGCGCAAGCGUUCAGCUUCGGUACCAAACCAGCUCCGGGAGAGUUCAGCUUCUGUACGAAACCAGCCGCCCAAGAGUUCAGCUUCUGUACCAAACCAACUGCAGGUUAGUUCAAUUUCUGUACCAAAUCACUUGGUCAAGAGUUCACUUUCUGUACCAAACCACCUGCUCAAGAAUUCAGUUACCAUACCAAGACAGCUGCAUGAGAGUUCAUAUUCUGUACCAAACCAAGUGCGCGAGAUUACAAUUGUUGUACCAUGUCAGCUUCAUCAAAGAUCACCCUCUGUACCAAACCUCCUGCCCGAGAAUAUAAUUUCAACAAGAAGCCACUCACGCGAGGGUUCAGCUUCUGUACAAAACGAGUCGCGAGAAAAUGUAGCUUCUAUGCCAAGCCAAGACAGUUUGUUUUCUGUUGGAAGCUAUUUGCAAGAGAGUUCAGAGCUUAUAUCAAAGAGUCUGCCAGAUUGUUCGGGAAACCUCUUGGUAGCAAAGGACGCACCCGAGUGUACAUGCUCCCUAAGAGAUCGCCUGCAGGGGAUUUCAUCAUCUAUACCAAGCCAGCUGCAUGAGCAUUCUUGUAAUCUCAGAAACCUCAAGAAUGAGGCUUCAUCUUUUUUACCAAAUCAGCUGGGUGAGUGUUCAACGUAUUUUGUAAACCAAGUGUACCCAAAUUCAUCUUCUUUACCAAACCAAGUCCACAAGGCUUCAUCUUCUUUACUUAAUCAACUCCACAAGGGUUCCGCGUCUUUACCUAAUCAACUCCUCAAGGGCUCAGCAUCUUUACCAAAUCAACUGCUUGAGUGUUCGUGUUCCCUCAGAAACUGCUUGCCCGAUAUUUUCAUGUCUAUACCAAGAUGCCUGCAUCAGCGUUCCUGUCCUGUAAGAAGCAAACUGGCCGAAAGUCCAUCCGUGUCGAGCCAUAUACACGAGGGUUCAACGUCUUUACUAAACCAACAGCACCGACAUUCAUGUCCUCUCAUAACCCAGUUGCCCAAAACUUCGGCUUCUGUACCAUGUCAGCUGCACGAGGGUUCAGAUUCAGUACGAAGUCGUUUGCCUGAGAGUUCAGCGUCCGUACCAAGUUACUUGCCCGAGAGUUCAGAUUCAGUACCAAGUCACUUGCCUGAAAGUUCAGAUUCUGUACCAAGUCACUUGCCUGAGAGUUCAGAUUCUGUACCAAGUCACUUGCCCGAGAUUUCAGAUUCAGUACGAAGUCACUUGCCCGAGAGUUCAGAUUCAGUACCAAGUCACUUGCCCAAGAGAUCAGAUUCAGUACGAAGUCACUUGCCCGAGAUUUCAGAUUCAGUACGAAGUCAUUUGCCCGAGAUUUCAGAUUCAGUACGAAGUCACUUGCCCAAGAAAUCAGAUUCAGUACGAAGUCACUUGCCCAAGAAAUCAGAUUCAGUACCAAGUCACUUGCCCAAGAAAUCAGAUUCAGUACGAAGUCACUUGCCCGAGAUUUCAGAUUCAGUACGAAGUAAUUUGCCCGAGAGAUCAGAUUCAGUACCAAGUCACUUGCCCAAAAGUUCAGAUUCAGUACGAAGUCACUUGCCCGAGAGUUCAGAUUCAGUACGAAGUCACUUGCCCGAGAGUUCAGAUUCUGUACGAAGUCACUUGCCCGAGAUUUCAGAUUCAGUACUAAGUCACUUGCCCAAGAGAUCAGAUUCAGUACGAAGUCACUUGCCCAAGAGUUCAGAUUCAGUACGAAGUCACUUGCCCGAGAGUUCAGAUUCAGUACGAAGUCACUUGCCCGAGAUUUCAGAUUCUGUACGAAGUCAGUUGCCCAAGAGAUCAGAUUCAGUACGAAGUCAUUUGCCCGAGAGUUCAGAUUCAGUACGAAGUCACUUGCCCGAGAUUUCAGAUUCUGUACCAAGUCACUUGCCCGAGAGUUCAGAUUCAGUACGAAGUCACCUGCCAGAGAGUUCAGAUUCUGUACGAAGUCACCUGCUUGAGAGGUCAGCUUCUGUACAAAGUCACUUGCCCAAGAGUUCAGAUUCUGUAUCAAGUCACUUGCCCAAGAGUUCAGAUUCUGUACGAAGUCACCUGCCCAAGAGUUCAGAUUCUGUACCAAGUCACCUGCCAGAGAGUUCAGAUUCAGUACGAAGUCAGCUGCUUGAGAGGUCAGCUUCUGUACAAAGUCACUUGCUCAAGAGUUCAGAUUCUGUACCAAGUCACUUGCCCAAGAGUUCAGAUUCUGUACCAAGUCACUUUCCUGGGAGUUCAGCUUCUGUACAAGACCACGUGUCCGAGAGUUCAGCUUCUGUACCAAGUCACCUACCUGAAAUUUUAGCUUCUUCACAAGACAGCGUGUCCGAUAGUUCAUCUUCUGUACCAAGUCUCCUGCCCGAGAGUUGGGCUUCUGUACCAAGUCACUUGCUCGAGAUUUCAGCUUCUGUAGAAGACCACGUGUUCGAGAGAUUGUCUUCUGGUGGAAGUGACGUGCACAAACGUCCAUCAUCUGUUGGGAAAGAGAGUCUGUCCUCUGAUCGAGACCACCUGCUAAAUGACGCACCACAGACAUCCCUCGAGACGAAAGUCUCCGAAGGUUCACCAAGCUACACAAGUUUCGUCAAGUUGGCGGAACUACAUGAACGAAGUCUUUCGUACAUCGAGGUAGAGGGUCACGCCCAGGAUGGUGUUGCUGGUGCCGGUGUUGGUGCUGGUGUUGGUGCUGGUGUUGGUGUUGAUGCCGGUGUUGGUGGUGGAUACGAUAAACACGAACAACGCCAACCGCUGGAUACAUUCGAAAAGCGCAGACUCAAAAGGGGCAGUGGGGGAACCGAGGGAAGACCCAACACACCUAUUGUUGGCAGUGACCAGGAGAAUGAAGACUGGCUCGUCAAAUUGGGUCAACGUAAAUCAAAUAUGUAUGGUAGCGGUGUCAGAGGCGUCACUGGCAAUACAACCGAAGAUAUGUAUGGUAGCGGUGUCAGAGGCGUCACUGGCAAUACAACCGAAGAUAUGUAUGGUAGCGGUGUCAGAGGCGUCACUGGCAAUACAACCGAAGAUAUGUAUGGUAGCGGUGUCAGAGGCGUCACUGGCAAUACAACCGAAGGUGUGAAAGGUGACGCUGCCGGCAGCGAUAACAGGCGUGCCUCGUUAAGACCCAAGACACCGCAUCGUCGUAAAUCGAUGCAAAGGUCACCCGACCAAAAGGGCAGCAGUUCCGGAGAAAAUCAGACUGGAUCGAAGCGGACGAAACAUGUCGGGCCGAGAGCCUCGUCUUCAGGCACCAAGUGUCAGUUAAAGAAGAAGGGCGGCAUGGCGGGGCUGAGGACGGACAGCAGAGGCAACGUCGUUGAGGACGCUGCAGGGCGUCGCGUCACAGGUGUGGACGGUGACGACACGGAUGGCGCCAGGGGUGACGUCACGCCGGAGAUGACGGGGAAUGCGUCGCGGGAGCUGUCCAAGGGCAUCAACAAGGACGAGUUGGAUGAUUACGAGUUCGUCCUUAUGCAAGACAGUAAUCUAUCAGUCAGUUCACUUGUUCCCGGAUUACCGAGUGUUCCCAGUGACACAGGAAAAGAUGUGACAGAUAAAGCCCAUGGGAAGGCUAACUCGUUUUUUCCAUAUGAAUGUGGAAUGCGAGUAAAUGGACUGCACAACGCUAAGGUUGACAACUCUGGGUCUGAUAUCGAAGUGUAUCUGUUAGAGAUGGGGGAUGAACCGGUCCAGGUAUACUCCAAGACCCAGGUUCCGCGGCCCGGCACCUGGAUAGACUGCAGAUUGGCUUUGUCGCAACAGUCGAGUCGCUUCACGCUGCCGAUGGACAUGAGAGAUCUCGAAAACAUGACACCGGAGCAGUAUCUCACGGAUUACUGUAUCGUGACUUCUAGGAGACUGAAUCUCUACAAGAAAGUGUUUUUCAGGAUGAAGAACAACAGGACGGGGGCCAUCGAUUUUAAGGACCUGGAGCGCUCGCUGAAGGCGGUGCUGGUAAACACGAUUACGUCAGAGCACGUGAAGAAGCUGUAUAAGAUGUUGAACGUGACCGUGGACUCGCACGUGGACACCAAGUUCUUCUGCGGGAUCGCGGCCUUCGCCGAGCGGAUGUUGUACCCCGAGUUCAUCACGGAGGAGACGGUGGAUCUGACUCAGUACCAGAGAGAUAAGAUCGAGUGUGCGGACUUCUGUGCGCUAGACUGGAAGAUGCGCGGCAUUGACGUCAACCCUCUGGUGAAGAACAUGCUCAAGAUGUUGGAUCAGUAACAGUCGAUUCCAGGAGAUGGUUUAAUAAUAUCUCUUUAUUUUACAACUCGUGAAGAAGAUGCAAUAUAUUUUUAUCGUGUGACGUCAUUGUCACAAGUUGUUACCCAGAGCCUGUUUUUAAAAGUACAUGUUAGUAAUUGGCUUUCUUUUAGAAAGCAAUAUAUUCAUAUGCUUGGUUAGGCUGAAGUACAGUACAGUUUUGAAAAUACCAUAACGACUCGAAGAAGUAAAGUCGCCAAAAGCAAAACUAAUAAUACUAGUAGGAGAUAAAACCCAACACAAAUUUCAUAUAGCCUGGUUUGAAAUAAUGAACAAAAAAACCCCUCUUAACAACAUGAUAUUAAGUAUUGUAUUGUAGUGUCCUCGGUGGUUGGUGUUUUCAGCUUUUAAUAUUGUUUGCACUCUGUAAGGAAGCCGGUUCAGAUUAGGCUAAAAUGGUCAACAACAAUCUAUGUCACACUUAUGGAUUUAUUUACGUUUUGAAUCCAUGAAUGUUUUCCUAAAAAAGUGUUUAUAUAUUAGCCUAAAGAUAAAACAAAAUUACACGGGCAGAAAAGAACACACACGAACACAUUUUGGACAUUAUUUUAAAGGAGGGUCAAUUUUUCCUUCCGUUGCUUUAUACAUUUCGUACGCCUUCGCAAAUCAUAAAAUAUAUGUUACAUUUUAAAGAACUUUUAUCAAUAUUAUGUCAUUCCACACGCUGCCUUUAAGCAAACUAUUAUUUAUUUUCUUUGCAAUCUAUGAAUGUUUGACCAAGACAAUAUUUAGUGAUUGUGACACUAGUUGUAUUUGAUAUAUGUGUAUAUAUUGAACACAGACUGGGUUGUAUUUGAUACACUGAACACAGGCUGAGCGUGGACGUCAUUGUUUGGAUAAUCAAAAUAAUCGCACAUGGUAACAGUAACACGUAUAUCGUUUUCAUUGGUCACAGAGAUCCGUCGUCUGCCUAGAUGUAACACGUGUAUCAUUUUCAUUGGUCACAGAUAUCCGUCGUCUGUCUGGCUGCAACACGUGUAUCGUUUUUCAUUGGUCACAGAGCUCCGUCGUCUGCCUAUAUGUAUCACGUGUAUCGUUUUCAUUGGUCACAAAGAUCCGUCGUCUGUCUGGCUGUCAUACGUAUAUCGUUUUCAUUGGUCACAGAGAUCGGUCGUCUGUCUGGCUGUCAUACGUAUAUCGUUUUCAUUGGUGAUAGAGAUCGGUCGUCUGACUGGCUGUAACACGUGUAUCGUUUUCAUUGGUCACAGAGAUCGGUCGUCUGACUAGCUGUAACACGUGUAUCGUUUUCAUUGGUCACAGAGAUCGGACAUCUGCCGGGCUGUAACACGUGUCAUACACGUCACGCUCGUCUGGCUCAUAUGCAAAUUGCGUUGUACUGACUUUGUGUCAGUAACAAAAUGCUCGUGUGUCAAAUGAAUUCAUGUAGUUGUGGUCGCCAUUUGGGGUCAAACUGGGAAGAAAAAUCCUGAUGGAUCUCGGUUACACGUAAUGAUUUAUUUAUUUGAGCGUUACAGUUUAACAGACUGCCAGAAGUGCAGUCCUUGAAUUGGAGUCACUUAGGGAAGACAACUUUGGAAAGGAAAAAUAGUUUGAAAGUUGAGUCGCGCUGUUUGUAGUUUCUGACCAGUUAAUUUGUGAUGAAUUUCAAAAUAUGCCGUAUAAUAAUUAAAAAAAAAAAAAAAUGAAGGCUAUGGAGGAAGGUGUUGGAGGGUUAAGCAGUAUUGUAAAACGUUAUUGUGGAUAUAAAAUAAAACACAAAGGGUUAACACUUUUUUAAUGAACGUAUAUACGUAACAAAACAUAAACCUUUACAAUAUGCAAUCAUCCUAAAUUCAACCUUGUCUAAGUUAUUAUAAUAUCACUUCACCGACAUUAUUUCAUACAUGAAACAAUCAUCAACUUGUUAUUUUGUCAUUAAAACAUUUAUCAAUA